AUGGCAGCAAGGCAGCGCACAGCUACGCCGCCACCGCAGCUGCGAGCUGUGGAACAACGCUCUCGCCGCCAGGUCCCAGAGAAAACUGAUGGCAUCGCUCGCAGACGUUGCACAGAUCCCUGCUGCGGCCUGGUCUUCGUUCUUUUCACGGCCGCAAUUGUCACCAGCUUGAGCGCAGCCCACAGCCGGGACCUCCGGCCGCUCACUCGCGGCAUAGACCAUCGCGGGCGCAUCUGCGGCUGGAGUGAAGGCACUCAAGAGCAGCCACUCUUACACUGGUGCACCACAAGGAUAGAGCACGGGCUGAUUCUGAACUUGUCGUCUCCAGUAUGCGUGGACUACUGUCCCGGUCUUGGCGAGCAGGCAUUGUGCCCGGAAGGCCCAGAGGCCACGGAGGUGGAGGUGCCACAGGAAGGCGGGCGCGUGCUCCUUGUGCGAACUGAGAAGCAGGUCCUGUCUCCGCAAGAGGUGUUCGUGGAGACCAAGCCCUGGGUUGACCGCUACUGUGUACCAGCGCGGGCUUUAGGUGAUGCGCUGGCAUCCAGGACGUCGCUUCUGGGAGCUAUUGCAUCAGGUGCCGCCAUGGACUGGCUCGUCGGCUGCUUUGAACAGCUCCGCAGCCUGCCUUCCAUUCCGCGCCUGCUAUGUCUCGCGACUGCCUGGGCAUUGAUCGUGAGCCUCGUGUAUCUCCUGUGUUUGCGCUUCUUCGCGCUGCUUCUCGUGCGGCUGGCACUGCUUACCUCCAGCCUGCUUUGCUUUGCGUCUGCCGUCGUACUGCUGGCCAUGACGAAUGCGGACGCUGUACCAGGGCUACAGCCGCUGGUGGCAACAUCAUUGUCGCUUGCAACGGGUGGGCUGGUGGAGCUCAAUACAGCCUACACUGUUUCUUUGAGUGAAAUGCCUUUCCUCGUUGCGGUGCUGGUAUGCGGAUUACUCCUUGGAGCUCUCCUUUUCCUCAUGGGCUGCGUUUGUGCAAGAACAAGCCUUGAUGUCGCAGCAGACUGCGUCCGAGAAUCCUGCGCCGUCGUGAUGAGCAUGCCUUCCUUAUUGCUCCUGCCAGUUAUGGAUGCCUUCAUCUGCCAGGUGACUUGGGUCCUUUUGUUGGCAGUGCUGCCAGCGCUUCUUUCCAGCGCCAAUGUCACCGGCAUUACCCUCUUCGGUGUUUCAGGAGUUUUCCGCCAACUUCACUUGGCGGCUGCAGAUUAUCUUCACAUUGCCGCCACAGUGUUCUCCUGCUUCUGGGUCCAGGAGUUGGUUGGAGCUGCAUGUCUCUUUGCCACUGCGCACUCGGUGGCAGCAUGGUAUUUUGCUCCUGGUGCCAACAUCUGGCAGAAGGUUCGCCACUUACCGGCGGCUCCAGCAGUGCAAGGACUUCUGGUGGCUCUUACGUGCCAUUUGGGAUCCAUGGCUCGCGGGGCCUUCGCCAUCGCCCUCCUCCGUUUCUUGCGAUGGGCACUCUGGGCUCUUCAUCUUGUUAUCGCCCGACAGGAGGAUGACAAGGCUAAGCGGAAGUCGCGAGGAUGUGGCGCUUGUAUCGCGGUGGCCUGUGACUCUCUCCUUGCCACUGUCCAAGCGUGGACUGAGUUCCUCAGCGGCCACGCAUAUGUGGACAUAGCUUUGAGCUCCAGCUCAUAUGCUGUGGCUGCUACGAAGGCCUCCAAGCUUCUCCGCAGCCAUGCAGGUCUUGUGUCCGUCCUGUCAAUUGUGGCCUGCUUCCUGCGCUUGGCCGGAAGCUUAGGGCUAGCAGCGGCCGCGGGCUUGGCGGCAAGGACUGCCGUGGCAAGGCCUGACGGGGGAUGA